UGAAAACGCAUACUGUUAUAUAUCGUUAAGGCGACAACAAACAUACCGCUUGUAACGUUUCAUAUUUAAUAUUUAUAUAACGUAGUUUAUUCAAUAGAGUGUGCAAUGGGAUUGUUACAAAUACUUAUGAUAUUAAUAUUGAAUGCUCCAGUGCAAGUUGUGGUUGCAUUCGACUGUCCCUUCGGAACAUGCACCCUACAACUGACAAACUGUUCAGUCGCCGCAGACAUGAUUCGUUUCUAUAACGACACGACCUUUUGCAACGGUCGCGGUGGUAUCAUCUCGAAGGCGGGUAUGAAUAAAACGUCAUGCUCCUGUUUCCCAUACUACUACGGCACCGAAUGCCAGCACAACUACACUUUCGAGUUCAAUUGCACAUCGUCUGUGGAAUGCAACGGAGGCGUGUGCAAUGGAACCAAGUGUGAACGGUGUCCCUCUGGGUGGCGUGGACAAAGAUGUGAAAUCGAGACAAUUUCAGAUCCUCCGGUCGGAACAAAGUGUGAGAAUGGCGGAUCUCAAUACGCUUUCGGAAACAGAAUCGAGUGUCUCUGCGCUUGUGGAUUCACAGGUGAUACCUGCUCAGAAAUGACACAUUCGGUUGUGAAUGAUACAAAAUGCAAUGAGAUAAUGUGUAAUGGACGAGGAUUCUGUACUAUUCGUCCCGACACAGACACGGCUUACUGUCGAUGCUUUGGAGAAUUCACCGGACAGUUCUGUCAAAAUACUUUAACAGAGCAAUCAACAAAGCUUCCUGAUGCCAUACCCGUAUCCACGACAUCAAGCAGUACAUUUACAACGAAAACUAUUACACCUACAUCCGCCAUUACUACCCCACUGACUUCACGCACAAGCACACCAUUUACUGAUGUAACGACUGAAGUAUGUUCUAAUAACCGCAUAUGCCUAAAUGGAGGAUCAUGCGUGCGUGUAGGUGGCAUACAACGGUGCAUUUGCGCUUGUGGAUUCCACGGUUCGCAUUGUGAAGUCAACCUUGAUCCUGAAAUCACUUUCUAUGAUGACGCCUGCAGGUAUAUUCCUUGUUUAAAUAACGGAACUUGUGUAAGGACGGCUGAUGGAUGCCAAGUAGAAUGCAAAUGUUCCCCGCAAUUCAGUGGAACAUAUUGCGAACAAGCUAUUAAAACGACCUCACAAGCUCCAAAUAACUCAUGUAAAACAAGACUUUCCGAAUGCGCAACAGACCGCGAUUGUGCCAACACAAAGAUUUGUAAAAUAGUGGAUAAGUGUGGCUCCACACAAUGCUAUACAGAUUCUGGUGUGGAUAGUUCCCUGUAUAGCACAGUUGCUAUAUCAAUGACUGCAAUGGUAAUUUUCAUAAUAGCCAUUUGUGGCUGUUUCUUUCGUAGGUAUUUCAAACAUUUAUGUUCUCGCGGGGUUGGUAACGCACGAGGCCAGCCAAGAGGCAGGAUCUGCACCAUUUCCGGUGCUCACAUCAGUGUCCUCGAUGCCGGUAAUUCAUCCAAUAGUGACGACCUCCCAUCAUACGAUGAAGCAUGUGAGAAACCACCGGAUUAUUCGGAAGUUGUUAAUGGGUACCGAGCUAUAUUUGAGCACCCCGGGACGCGUAUUCAAAGUAUUUCUGACUGCAUACAUUUAUAACGAAAGUUGCAUUACCCACCAUGAAAAAUCCAACAAUUGUUCAUUUGUAUUAUAAGGCACUUUCGGUGUUUCAUUAUGCAUUAUAUUAUAUUCCUGUGCAGUAUAACUGUAAUAAUCUCAUGUCAGAUGUAUGAAGUAUUAAUUGUUCAUCUUUAUUUUAAAGAAAUUAUAAACCUGAAAUCACAAUUUAUCAUUUUCAUUCCGAUUCGUGUUCAGUUAUUAUUUAUCUGUUUGUGUUUGUGUCAUGUGUAUUGGGCUGUGUCACAAUGUAUGGCAACUGGUCACCAGCCUCAAAUAAAGGACGUAUAAAAGAUGGUACAAAUGAUCUCCUGCUGAUGUAACUGGAGUUCCUCUUGAUCAUUAUAUUUGUAUUUUGAUUUGGCUUGUCUUGCAGUUUCAUAUAAAUCUGACUCAAUCUGUUUGCACAAUAAGUCAGACAACUGCAACAAAUGUCUUAAUAUGUGUUUAUUUCAUAAGCAUUAUGAUUUGUGUGUAAAAACAGACAGUUCAUAAAUGUAAUUAAAACAAAUAUUCUACCAUA